AUGUCGGAAGCCGCGGGUGUGAUGCGAAGCCAGUCUGGCUUCAUCUCGGAGGCCGGGAAAAAGGAUUAUGGGCCUCUCGAGUUUACCGGAAAACUCGCAGGGGGUCUCAGGCUGGACUUGCGAAGGCGGCUGCCACUCUACGCAAGCGACUGGACGGAUGCCUUCAAGCCGGACAACUUUCAAAAAUCCUUAUCGUCCAUCUUGUACUUGUUCAUAGCAGCGCUUGCGCCCGCGAUCACCUUUGGGAGCCGCUUCCUUGAUGGCACGAACGGCCAAUUUGGAGUGUUGGAGAUGAUUGUUAGUACGGCUCUUUCAGGCGUGCUCUUUUCGACCUUCUCGGGUCAACCCCUUUCGAUUCUUGGAGCUACUGGCCCCUUCCUGGCCUACACGCUGGUGGUCUACGACCUUGCUGUUGGUGCGGACAUAGAAUUCAUGCCAUUUUACUUGUGGGUUUGCAUGUGGUGCUCGCUCUUCACCAUCCUGGUGGCAGUGUUUGACCUGUGCGCCCUCAUGAAGCAUGUGACCAUGUUCUCCGAGGACGACAUCUUCGCGGGGUUGAUCUCUCUGAUCUUCAUCAUCGAUGGGGUGAGGCCCAUCAUCGAGAACUUUGCGGAGAAAAAGAUGUCGUUGAACAACGCCAUGUUCGAGGCCUUGCUCUUCAUCUAUACCUUCGGCCUGGCAACCUACCUGUCCCACUUCCGGCGCACACCAUGGAUGCUCCGGCCGAUCCGCAACCUCAUGGCCAACUUUGCGGUGACCAUUGCCUUAGUUACGGCUUCGGCACUAGCGGCCCUCUACUCAAGCGAUACAAACUUGAGGAUGCUUAGCGUGGACGCGGACUUCUCCCCAAACCUGGUCUUGUCGGACGGAAGCAAGCGACCCUGGAUCGUGAACCCCAUGGGCAUCGACCGCGACUUCCCAGCUUGGGGCAUUGCAUAUGCAAUUCUCCCAGCGAUUGGAUUCGCCGUGCUGGGCUACCUGGAUCAGAACCUGACUUCCGUGAUCGUGAACAGGCCCUCCAACGGCCUGGAGAAACCACCAGGCUAUCACCUUGACCUCUUUGUGCGCGGCGCCCUCACUUUGCCCGCCUGCGCUGUGUUGGGCCUGCCACUGUCAGUGGCCUCCACGGUGCCCAGCAUCACGCACGUGAUCUCCCUGACCACCUACGAGGUGAAGCAGCUGCCCCAGGGUGAGCGCAAGGUUCCGACGAAGGUGGUGGAGCAACGCGCUACGAACUUCUUGAUCCAUGUCUUAAUCGGCUGUGCGCUCUUUCUCGCCCCGGUGCUGAAGUUCCUGCCGCGGGCCGUGCUGCAGGGCGUCUUCUUCUACAUGGGUAUCGCAUCCCUCACCGGCAACAACCUCUUUGACCGCCUCUUCCUAUGGCUCAUCUGGGACGCCAGCAAGUACCCCCAGUACCACUACAUCCAGAAGCUGCCCAUCCGCCGGGUCCACCUCUACACCUUCGUGCAGGUGAUUUGCUUGGCCAUCCUCUACGGCUUGAAAGCCAUCAAAGAAACUUCCGUGGUGUUCCCCUUCUUCAUGGCCUCCUUGGCCAUCAUCCGCAAGGCCAUGAGGUGGAUGUUCACAGAGGAGGAGCUGCAACAGCUCGAUGCCCACCCAGCUGAGGACCAGGAUGACGAGGCGCCCUCCCAGUUUCGAUUCGUGACGGGUCCUUGGAGUUGA